UUUACUUCCCUGCGCUAACCACAUCCGUGAGGUCUCCAAAUUAUUCUUUAGAACUAAAACCAAGCUGACAUGUACCAUUAACUCACCAGUUGUCAGACAUCAUGGGAGCCAUUCUAUUUCUACUGAUUGUGGCGCUACUCAAGGACCAAGGAGCAAGAGUUACUAGAUGUGCGAAUGGCUUUACUCAACCGAAUUCCAAUCCAGAGUUUCUGAAUUGUAUUGACAUAGAUGAGUGUGUUGAGAACCAACAUUUUUGUGGGGAACGGGGAAUCUGUGUCAAUCAGCUGGGCAGCUACCUGUGCAAGUGUCCCACAGGAUUCAGUAACUACGGCAACAGACAAACUCAGUGUACAGAGCUUAAUUGUGACCAGUAUGAAACACAGGCUGGACAGACUCUACCAGGCUUUGAUAGUUUCUUGUCUCUGUUGAAAAACAACUGUUUGGUGUUGAGCAACUCUACGUUGCCUGGACCGACAAGACUGCUGCCAACUGGAGAUGUGUUUUUGACAUUACUGGUUAAUACCACUGAUGUUGUUCAACUGGGCCUCCAGUCCAAUGGUCACCAUAGUAGCAGUGAAGUGACUAAGUUACUGAGGACGAUUGAAAUCUCAUUCAGACUGAUCGCUCCACUGCUGACAGAGAACGUGACCAGGAUAGAGACCAACCACACCGAGGUUGAGAUUAUGGUGAGGAGAGACAAGACUCCACCUAAAGGACCAGUCAGCCUAACCAAUGAGAACACUCAACUUGACACCACCUGGGAGACGGUGGUUGGAGAUUACCAGAAUUACCUAGGGUUUGCGUAUGUCGUUCUGCUCAACUAUAGGAAUCUGGAUAGUCUGAAGGACAACACUUCUCAUCAGAGCCAGCAGCUCAUGUCCAGUGCUGCGACAGUUUCCGUUAGCAACUCCAACACAACAUACCUGCCCCAACAGGUUAAUCUCACCUUCCAUCACCUGCAGUCCAGUGAUGUUGACCCCACCUGUGUUUAUUGGUCGGAUGAGAAUGGACCGGGGGUGUGGUCUGGGCGGGGUUGCACCUUAGUGAUUUCGAACUCCACGCACACUGUGUGCUCCUGCAACCAUCUCAGCACAUUCGCUCUGCUGAAGGGAAUCCAUCAGGGACAGGGAAGCGGGCAGCUGUCGUUGGUGAUGUGGGUGGGUGUUUUUGUGGCACUGACCUGUGUGUUCCUGUCCCUGAUCACCACCCUGUGGUGUCGCUUUGUCAGCCGCAAACGCCGUGGAGGACACCGGCAGCAACAGGAUGUACAGCUACAUAGAAAAUAAGACAUGGAUUUGAACUAUUUGUGUUCUAAGAAAAGCUUUACUUGGAAUUAAUUUGUAACAUUGUCUCUUGGCUUGCAAGGACAUCCACAUGCCAGCAAUUAAAAAAAAAAAAGUAUUAUAAAAUGUAUCAAAAAAAACUAAAA